UAACAAGCCCUUGAUCUCAGCUUUGUCGUCUGUUGCUAUGGAUUCAGACAGGAGUCUAUGUAAUCGUUUACACUUACAGAAAACAUGAUACACGAUAUUCUAAAUUAAGGUUUUGAUUAAAAUAAGAAUAAAUCACAUGUUUUUUUCUAUCAGAUAUUGGACAGGCCUAUCAAAGCCCAUGCAUCAUUCAUCACCUAUCCAUACUUGUAAAGGAUGACCCUGCUUGUUUCUGAUCCUGCUGACUCGCCUGAUCCCUGUUAACCUAUUUCUGCUGUUGCUCAAUCUGCAAUAAAGCCUUGUCAACUGUAGUUGUAUUUAGGUUCAAAUUACACUCCCCAUUACAUAUAUUUAUUGGAGAUAGAACCCCAAGGAAAUCUUACUGGACAUACAGAGAGACAUGUUGUGUACUUUGCAUGUGAGUGAUAAUGUGCUGGCUGAUUAUUAGUGCAGGUAAUUACUGAUUUUCUCGUACCUGAUAUUUUCCUGUCCAGAAGCACGGCGUCGGAACAAGUUGGCCAUGCUGCUGGAGGACUUGCCAACUUUAGCAGCUUUCUUGGCGUCUCCGACAUGCAUCCGCACAACAGUGGAGGUUGUGAAUGCACUGCGCACAUUCUUCUCAGGUUUGGCCAGCAUGAUGUACACCUGGAAGAACAAGCACUUAUAAGUAGAUGUAAUAGCAUAGACUUUUCAACAAUAAAUCACUCACCUUUGGUACAAACAUGCAGCAGAGAGCUACAGUGGCACUAAGGCUUACACUGAAGCACAUAGUGAUGAUCUUGUAAUUGGAGCCAAAGUAAAUGGGAACAAAAGCCAGCCAGAUGAUGCAGGUGGUGUACAUGGUGAAGGCAAUGUACUUGGCCUCAUUGAAGUUGGCAGGAACAUUGCGGGUCUGUUGCACAAAAAAAAGCUUUUUGUUAUUACAGCUAAAAUGGGCUGUAUUUGCCAACCAAACAUUUGUGGAUAUGCUUCAAUAAAUUAAUUAUUUCCAUCUGCAUUAUUGGUUCUCGGUGCAUAGUUAUAUCAACUUCAGAAACUGAAAUAUAUUUUGUAGUUGUAUACAUUCUUAUGAGUGACAUAGUUUUGUAUCACAGCACCCAAAUAAUAAAAAAAAAAUAGGAUCAACGAGAAUUUAAUAAAUACACAAGCGCUAAAUCAUAAUAAUGUCCAGAUAAUAUCUUGUCCAGCCUGGUGAAACAUUUGUGCUUUUACCUUAAAGGCAUAGAAAGUGCAGCUGAGGAUCAGAAGGCCAUUGUAACCCAGGGGAGCCACGACCCCUAGAGUGCCCUGUUCCAUGUGUAAAUGCAAAGGCAUCUGCCCAUAGGCACAGACCUGUGGUGGCUCAAUGAUGAGCAGGGCCACGAUGAUGCCCAACUGCAGCAGGAUGAGGAUGAAGGCAAUGAUGAGCUGAGCACAAGCCGACAUGAAGCGCGGUUUCUUGGUGCAGAUUUUCUUUUUGCUGCCAGCCAGGAUCCGUGCAAUACGUGGCUGUGUGUUUUACCUGUGAGGUCGGUGUUGGGCCAGGACCCCAGGGUACAGGCCUGACAGGUAUAUUCAUCAAACACAAACUCGUUCUCCUUACAGGGCGUGCAGGUCCAGCAGCAGCUCACCUCUCCUUUACGGAUCACCUACACACACACACACACACAUACACAUACACAAGUUGGGUUUCCAUUCUAGGAGACAAAACAUUGUCUGUAGUUGAUCUAAUAAUAAAUCAUUUAUGUCAGGGAGCCCAGAUUUUUGUUCCCACAAAUGAGGCAAGUCCCCAUGAUGUGAGCUUGUAUAAGAUUUUAGUCCCCACACUGUGAUAAAUGCCCACCCACAUGGACACACAGGGCUCAAAGCUCUGAAGGCACUCUGCUGUAGCUAAUCUUGCACUUUGACUUUGGAAAUGGCCCAUUAGCAUUUCUCUGUCAGGGGAAAGACAACUUGCACUACAUUAAAGAGCUCUGUGUCUGCUGAUAUAGUAUAGUUCUAUAUAGUUAUAACAGGUAGUUAUUCAACAUACAGUAGUUAGGGUAGAUGCAUAAAAUAAGUAAAAUAACAGGUACAGGUAAGUUAAAUAAAUAAGUGAAAUAAUGUUAGUAAUUUCAUUUUUUGGAUUGCCGUUGUCAAUGCAAGAAAUGAAAAAAGAUAAGGUAUGUAUGGUAAAAUAGCUGUGUAUCAGUAAAAUGUGUAGAAUGUGUCUCUGCAAUUAGAAAAGAAAAAGAAAUACAAAUUAAAUACACAUUAUGAAUAUAGGUAGGAGAGAGAAAGUAUUUGCUUAAUUAUGAAUGAAAUGUGAGAUUCAAACAUUACAUAAUAACUUAUUAUAUAAGAUGUACAUCACUUAAAUACUAAUGAAUCAUCUAGAAUAGGUGUUUCCUUUUUAAAUGCAAACUGAAUAAAAAUUAAUAUUACUAAUAUCACAGACUAAUUUAAAACUAUACAGCAAAAUCUAUACUAAAUACAUGACACAUUAGUUUUAGAUACCAAAGGCUCCAGCUUGAACUUCCAAACUUCCAUCAAAAUUAAGAAAAAGAAGAAUCAGAUCCAGUAUAUCAUAAUUAUUUCAUUUUGCUAUGACUCCUGAGGAUCACUCACUUUGAUCUGUCCUUUUUGGCAUGGCUCGGAGCAAAGGGAGUGGAUAAUUUCACUGUUAUUGCUCCAAAUUUCCUCAUCGUUCAUCUGUAGUCCACCCUGGUCCCAGCUGCCCACGUGAAUGUGAGUCUCCAUUUUGGUCAAAGUGAAUCACCUCUCCAGAAACACCAGUGAAGUUUGUUUUCAUGAGGAAAUCCAGCAGUUUUCCACCAUCAAUAGGCCGCAUGUUCUCACACAAACCCUAGAUAAAACAUGAUUCCAUAUUUAGUAGUUUGUAUUUUAGUAUGGAUAAGGUUGAUUGCAAAAUCCAAUUUGUUUUUUUUCUAUUACAGUGAAAAUAUUCAGAAGGAACAACAGGUAAAUUCUGAGUACAUUUUUUCUGAGUGCAAUUAAACAUCUACUAUAAAGCCAUUCAUACGCCAAAGCACAAUACCUUAAAGCCUGGACACAGGGACUGCUGCAUGGUAUGUAGACCAUAGGCCAUUGAAUAGAUAGCAUUUAUCACAAAUCCCAUCUUAGUAUCUUGGGCAUAUUGUUGGCGCAAAGAUUCUCUCCCUAUGCAAGAAAGACAUUGAAAGAAUAACAUUUAAAACAGGGUUCUCCAAUACCUCCUUGUUUUGCUUUGUCAGGAAUGUUCCACAGUAUGGCAUUAACUCUCCCUGCAUCAUACAUUCUAAGCAAGAUUUUCCUCUCCACAUUUACCUAGUGGCAUCAGCUACUUGUAUUCAUGCAGAUAAAUACAUAGGUUUAAUAUCAUACUGUGCAACAUUUUUGGAAAAGCAAAUAACAUCUCCAUAUAGACAUGCAGAUUUCGCAUCAUCAGCAGAAAUAUUACAUCGUGUAAGUACAGUUAUUGUUAUUGUUGUUAUUUAUCAACGUUUUGAUGAUAACAGAUAGACAGAUUUUUAAGAUAAACGGCUGAAGUGCACUAACAUGUACAGGUGCGGUUGUAGAUGGUGUUCUCCUGCGGGUGCCCUCUCAGCCUGCACUGGAAGCGGUGCUGCCAGAACUCAGGGAACCACGGGUUUCUGUAGUUGUUGUCUGGCUUUAGAUUUAGGUAAUAAUCAUCAAACCAGGUCACAUGGGCAGACUUCAGCUUUAUGGUGAUACCUCCUGCUGCCUCUCUCUCAUAACCAUCAGUUACAUCGUACCGGUCUGCCCAGCCAUCACUGCAAGGAGCAAGAACACAGAGGUAAAUGUAGGAACUUAUCCAAAAAUGUAUGCCUUUUGGAUCCAUGUAAAAAAGGCAUUUCUGCGUCUUUUGUUAUGAAGAUCCACACAUUUGAAUAAAACUCCCUAGCUUUUUUUUUUCUUUUUUCUAGUUUAUAACAUUACUUCCUGGUUGAACAUGGAAAAUAUGUAUGUAUGAUUCAAUAACUGUUACCAGCAACUAUAAUGUUGAUGAACAGAUGGGCCAAAAAUGGAAUUAUGGUGUUAAUGACAGAGAGGUACUCCAUUUGAAAGCUCACUGCUACUUCCUGUACUUUCGUAAUAAAUAUGAAAAUCUGUUAUUUGCACUUUAACACUCUGGACUGGGAACAUCCAAAAAAAGCAGCAGUAGGAGAUGCUCUGACCCUGUUGCUCAGUCCUCACAAUGUACCACUUAUCAAAGUCACUCUCAUCUUCACAUUGCCCAUUUCAGUUUUGAAGACAAGAUGUUGCUAUCUAACAGAUUCCACCCACUAACAGGUGCUUUCACAAUGACACCAUCUAAUUUCACCUCACCAGUGCGGAUAAAAUUAUGCUUGAUGGUUUAUCUUAUGAUGUCUCUUACCAAGCCGUGUAUUUACAAAAACAGAAGCUUCUCACAACUCCACAAAUUAGGCAAAUUUGUGUCAGCUUAACCCUUUCUCAUUUAUCUGUGCCAUAUAAAAAAAGACAAGAAAAAUCUUAUUAAACUUAGCAAACUGCACUGCCGUUACACAACAGCUGAGUGGGUGUUUUAUGUGAUUCUUGUUUCUCUUGGUGAGGCAGGAGAUCAUUUCAUAACACAUCCUUGAAGCAGCAGCCGGCACAAAAAUAACACUGGUAUAAAAGGUAUUGAUGGAUCUGAAAGGCUUUGACUCUGAUAGUUUGAAUCACUUUUGAAAAAGAGCUGUGUAUCCCACGCAGUGACCGACCAAGCAGGGAGAGGUGCACAGCAGGGCCCUACCUCCUACAGCCGAAGACACAUGCUCCCAUGUACACACUCCAACAUGGCAUCACCGCUUUUUCAAUAUGGACUCAUUUUACCUUACGCUCGAUGGGGCGGGCUUAGUUCAGCAACAGUUUGGAGAGGGUUUUAGAGAGCUUUCAAGAGCCAGUGAGAAUGAGAUCAGUAACAAAGUCCUUCCCAUAUUUAAAACAUUGUCUAUAAAUAUGCCCUGAAAGAUAACUGAGAAUCUGUAGUGAAACAAAGUAUUCUACUCCUUUUCACUCUAUUUUUGUCAGUUUUUAUGGGCCCAGUUGUCUCUCUGAUAGAUCAAUUUUUCUUGUUGCAUCUUAUUAAUGAUAAUAAACAAAAUAAAAUGUACAAUGUUUUAUGGACUUAUGGGUAACUGAUUCCAUCUGGCUAUAGUCUUAUAAUUGGCAAACUCCAAAUGAAUUUCAUGCAAAUGUGUUAAGCAGCAACAUUUUUGUGAGACUAGUAACAGUUUCUUGAAGGACACAUUUAAGAACACAUUUGGAUUUUCCAUUUGGAUUUUCCAUUAUUUUGCACAUGCAUGUCUUUUGGCAGUAGACAGAAGUUGGAGUAUUCACAGAAAAUCCACUAUAACACAGAAUGCAGUUUCUAUCAGGACAAACUACACACUAAUCAUUGUGUAAGCAGACACAUUAAUAUGUGAAUGAAUAACAAUGAGAGAAUGUGUGAAACACACUUCACACUAUUAAAACAGUUAAUCAUCAAAACUGAGAGUGAUGUACAAAAGAAUAAUGAGCAUAAACAAGGUUUGUUACUGUAUAUAAACAUAGUGUAUAGAGAAAUGAAUGACUGAAUGACUUGACACAACACAAUGCUGCUGUCAGUGGAUUAAAAAUACCCUUUUGAUUAUUACUAUCUCCUCUGCUUGGUAACGCUGUGUGGCAGUUUUGCUGUAUGUAGUUCAAGGUUACUUUAUGUUACUGUCAGGUUUGAGCGACAGCCUACAUAUGUAGCUCCUAAUGAGGAAAGGCAUUUAUAGAACAUGAGAGAUGAGAGUGAGCCAGAGCAAAUCCUUAAAAUAAAACUGGUAUUCUUGGAGGCUGAAUCCUCCUGCCAAAUGAUGCCCAGUUUAUUUGCGUGCUUUAAUUGCUUAGUUACCACGUCUGAAACCCCGGAGACAAUACUUUACCCGUGAGUGAGAUGGAGAUGCAAUGACGAAAAUGGUGAAAGGACUAAGAUGGUCUUUCAACAACAUUCGGUGACAACAUCUGAACACAGCCUGGAUGAACAAGAAGGCACAACACCACAAACACAUCAGUGAUUUGCAAACAUUAGCAUAGCAGAGUUACAGACAGCGCUGAGGCAGAGAAUCACAGUACUGUUUUUAUAAAGAUGAAAAAUGUGGUUAUAUAAUAAACACAUUUUAUUAUUUUUUUGAACAUGUAAAAGUAUAUACAGUACACAAUACAAGAUAUAUGUGAACUACUUCUAUACUGUGUACAUAGUUAUUAGGCACGUUGUAUUUAUAAAGAUUCAUUUUAUAAUUGAACAAUUAUAGUACUCUCAAUCAAUCCAAAAUGUUCAAAGUUUUGGCUUUCUGUGAAGAAAAUCUAUGUGUGCACAAUUAUUGGGCAACUAUUAAUGUGCAGAAUUAUUAUGUAACUAAAUGAAGAAUGAACAUUUUCCAUUCUCACUUGUUUACUUUCAUGUCAGAAUAGUAAAAUCACAUUUUAUAAAUAAACAUUUCAAAAUCAAUCAUUAAAAAAAAUAAAAUAAAAUUCUGUGACCAAUAUAGCCACCCUUCUUCUCAAUGACUGUCAUAAGCCUUCUGCGGAGUCUGUUCGUUUCUUGGUCUGUUAAUGAUCAACUUCCUCUGCUGCAUCAACCACAGCCUCCCAGAUGCUGUUCAGAGAGGUGGACUGUUAGGUGAGGAAGUGGGUCAUGGCAUUAUUUUUGCAUCUUUAAAGUGUUUACUGGCUAGCCACGCAGUGGAGUACUUCGAUGCAUGCGAUGGAGAAUUGUCCUGCAUAAAAAUCAUGGUCCUCUUGAUAGAUGCAGACUUUUUCCUGUACCACUAGUUAAAGAACGUGUCUUCUAAAAACUGGCAGUAGGUGUAGGAGUUCAUUUUGAGUCCAUCUUCAACGCAAAAGGUCCAACAAGCUCAUCUUAAAUAAUACCAGGGGUGCCAGUCGCAAAAAAAAACAUUGUUGGGUCCAAUGAGGCACUUCACCCACAUUACUUAGUAUGAAAGGGGUGAGUGAUGGUGGCGGUUGGAGGGGCCAAUGGCACAGAUUGGCAGCCUCGCUUCUGUCAGUCUGCCCCAAGGCAGCUGUAGCUACAGUAGUAGUUUACUAGUGUAGAAUAGUGAAUGAAUAAUGCUCUAUAAAGUGUCUUUGAGUGUCUAGAAAAAAAGCGCUAUAUAAAAGUGAUGCAUUUAUUAUUAUCUUUGCAAUUUCAAGAGUGCUGCAUCUCUCCAAAAACUUUUAGCAAUUUUUGACUUUUCAGUUAAAUCUCUUUUUUGGCCAUUUUGCCUGAGGAAAAGAAGCUGCCUAAUAAUUCUGCACAUCUUGAUACAGAGUGUUGAUCUCCUGAGGCUACACCGUCCCCUCAUUAGACAAAUACACAUCACCUGAUAUGUUUAAAUCCAAUAACAAUUCAAGUUUCUACAGCUUGGAGUUGGAGAAUAUGUGUAAAAAUCAAAUCAAAAUGCCCACUUGCACAAUUAUUAGGCAAGUUGUCACUGUGUGCACAAUUAUAAGGCAAAGGUAUUUUGACCAUGAUUGAUUUUUAUGCAACUCCAAGCUGUAGAAACUUGAAUUCUUAUUGGAUUUAAACAUGCACAUAGUGUGUGUAUUUGUCUAACAAAGAGGGUGCGGUCUGAGGUGUUCAGUACUCAGAGACAGGCUGAAGAAGGCUGAAACCCGACCACCACUGACCUAUAUUGAGAACUUGUGGGGCCUGGAGAUUUACAGUGAAGGAAAACAGUUCACCUUUCUGAACAGCAUCUUGGAGGCUGUGGUUGCUGUGCACAAAAACUUGAUUGUCAACAGAUCAAGAAACUGGCAGACUCCAUAAAUGAAAGGCUUAUGACCAUUACUGAGAAGAAGGGUAGCUAUAUUGGUCACAGAUUUUUUAUUUAUUUUUUAAAUGUCAGAUAUUUUUAUUUGUACAGUUUGAGUUGUUUACUAUUCUGACAGAUGGAAAUAAACAAGCGGGAAUAGAAAAUGUACAUGUUUCAUUUAAAUGCAUAAUAAUUCUGCACAUUAAUAGUUCAAAUAACACUUUUACUUUCUAAAAUAUUCAGGUUUGAGGUUUAUUAAGAUUUUGGAUUGACUGAGAGUACUGUAAUUGUUCAGUUAUAAGAAUAAUCCUCAUAAAUGCAACUUGCCUAAUAAUUAUGCACACAGUGUACUGUACUACUUCAUUUAUGUUUUUUGUUGCUCAUUGUACCUUAACAGUGUCUGUUAUUUGUAGUCUUUCUUAACAACAAAUUUUAAUAAUUAGUAAAGUGAAUGUCAUUUUCUGUAAUAAAAAAAUAAAUAAAUAAAUAAAUUUAAAAAAUCCACUUACCUUCCCACCAGUAAGAACUCCCCCACCAGUUUCUGGCGUCUCAUUGCCAUCAGAAUGCCCCGCACCGUCAUGCCCUCACAGAAACAGGCCACUACUCGAGCUUUGGGCAGGUGACCUCGGAGCUUCUGCAGAAGUUUGUCAAAACUUUGUUCUCCAGCAUUACUGUAAAUCUUAUCUGAGUGAGCAAUGCAGAGCCCCUCUUUGGCAGCCAUGUCCUUAAAGGCCUCCAUGCCACUCUCACCAUAGUUACCUGAGAAGAGGAAUACAAAUGUUUUCACAUAAGGUGCUUUCACAUUUGUUCUGAUUUGGUUCUGGUUUGAGCCCAGUUUAAACCUGAUGUAGUUUGGCACUGUUAUAGCCCUGGUUUAGUUCCUGCUUUAGUGCCUAUUUGGAUGUGAUGUGUGAAGUUAGAAACAUACAUACAGACCCCGGGGAAAAUAUGCUAAUUAUUACAUGGUGCAUUUGGCAAUACACUAUGAUACACACUUACUCUAAGCAACAACGGUAAAUGUGAUUAGUCUGAUUAAAGAUAGAUAAAGACAAUUACAAAAAUAUUGUGUUUGUGGACUUUCCUUAGGACAGACUGGUGAAAACUGCAGUAAAGGUUUUUUUGACUAUCACUUAAUGUCCCAUACACACAAUCAGUUCAGUUAAAUAUUUAUACACAGUGUCAUAGACUAUAGACACAGUAUCAUAGAAUGUGCUGGGGCAGGAAGCUGUGUACUACCAACUCUCUGGUGGACAAUCAGCUAUCCAAGUUACUACUUCGAGUCACAUUAUGGAAGACCAAGAAUGAUACUUACCCUCAGUGUGAAUAGCAGACACAUAGCUCCAGUUGUACCUCUUCACUAUGUCCACCAUCGCUCUGGCCUGUUGCAUAUCCGAUGGCACCACCCUCAAGAAGUAUUUAUAUAAACUCUAGAGAUAUGGUAUUAGGAGAGUUAAGGUGAAAGUAUUUUAUUAUCUUAUGUCAUGUUCUGUCUGUAUAUGUACAUGCUACUGACUCCUGAACCUGAAGAUAUAUUUUAUGUUGGUCAUGUACAUUUCUGUCAGUGUCUUUGGAGCAACUUGUCAGUGGUGAGCAAAGAGUGCACCACCCUCAUUAUCAAGCUACAGAUUAGUCAAAAGUACCUAGUUGCAGGAUUAGCCUAAAUUGUGGUUUUAAAGGUGCACUGUGUAUCUUUUCUGGUCACCUAUUAGCUUUGCCUAGAAUGUUCCACAGUAUAGCAUUAAACAUCUAUCUAGUGUUUAUUUCUUUUAUAUAAAACAUAUAUUCUUACUGUAACUGUGGUUGCCUCUUCACAGAUCUGACCUGUAAUUUGGCCUGAUGACAUCUCCAUGGGUAUACUUAGGUUUAUUGCCAUACUGUAGUAAAACAGUAUCUCCAUACAAGCAGGUGGUGGGUCCUCUUCCAGUAAAAUUACACAGUGCACCUUGAUGUUACAAAGUUGAAGAAGUUCAUAAUGUUUUCUUAGUUAAUUGUUUUAAUUGUUGGUGAAGACAAAGUUGAAAGGCCCAACUUAAAUCUAAGAGUCUUGUAAGAUGAGAGGCCAUUAUUCUUGACACCAUUAUUCUGUAAUGCUGUGUUUGACCAGUGUCAGUUACCUUGUCAGAGAGAUCCAUGCUGGUGGCGGAGUAGGCGAUCUGGGGGAUGUUGAAGAGUUGGAGCAGGUUCUGGACUUGUAUGGCCACCGAACUGGACCCAGGGCCGAUCAGUCCGACAAUGGG